AUGGCCGAUUACUCUAACUACCGUUCUCAACAACCGCAAGCCUCUUCAACAGGCUCGCAAUGGAUUCCCGAAAAUGCGCCUAGUCAACCUUUCACCGUUCAAAUGCAAGACUGGAUUCGUGCUUUCCCUCGACCCCGACACAAUCGGGUCAUGAAGCCCCGUAGUGCGGGGAACAGCCCUUCGUCGGCCAUCCGGAGACGCACCGCCGUUGCUCAGAACGCCAUGCAUGGAAUCCCCAAUCAGUAUCACCAGUCAUCCUUGGAGGCGGCCAUCCUCGCCUCGACCACACGAAAUUCUCGACCGACCUCCUGGCAUCCCUCCUCGGCCAGGUCCCGUGGGCUCUCCAACCCAGUCUGCCUGCCGGAUUAUGCCUCGGAGAACUUCGUCAUGACCACUAUGUCAGACCAGCCUAUGAACUGUCUACCGACGGACAGCAUGAUGUCCUAUCCGGUCUCCGCGGGACCUACUUUCCCAACUGAGUAUUUCCCCGCAUAUUCGGAUCUGCAGGAGUCUAUGCCCUUCCCGCAACAGACAUCAUCGCUUUCCAUGGCUGGCUCGCAGGUCGAGCCGAUCACUUGGGAUACCACCGCCAAUACCGACUAUUCGGCAAUGUAUCAGCCUUCCGAUACCUGGUCCCUGGAUAUGCUUUCGAUGGCCAACAACAUUCCUCCGGCAGAGACAACCUGCCCUAGCUACGCUAGUGUACCCUCUCCCGGUGAAAUGAGUGGUCCAUCGACACCAGACUUCUUGCCCAUUCAACAUUUUGACGACGAACCAUCAUUCGCUCAGAAGAAAGCCGGCAAGCCUGAGGAAGAGCUUGUAGGUAUGGGCCUCUACAUCCAGCCCAACGCUCUUGGUCAAGUUCACCAGGAAACACCCGGCAAAGGUCUGAAACUGGAGGAGACUUUUUCGCCAUCUGACGAUGAGGACGAUGAGGCGGAUGCCGAGGGCGAGAUUGAUGAGGAAGUGAACGUUCCCGGGCCAACUCAGCCACAAUUCAGCCCACAAGAGCAGCUCCCCAUUGCACAGCACUCGAACUUCUCAAUCCCGAAACAGUCCUCUAAGCAAGCUCUCAACCUCUUGCACAAGUCCUUCUUCUUUGAUCACGACGAUUCUGAUCAGCACGCCAUGGCUGCUGGGCAGCCAUUCACCAACCUGAACCAACCCUGCAUGACCUAUGGCUACGGAUGGGUCUGA